AUGGAUACGUUCUCGCACGUGUCAGACCCAUUUCCCAGUGGCUCAGUUUCGUGGUCCGGCGGGGCGCCGGAAUCCUCGUCUGCAUCGGACUCCGGCAGCUCCCGGCCGGCGAAUUUCUCCUAUGAGGAGGUGCUGCUGCUGGCUUCGAGCCACCCGAAGAAGCGAGCCGGGAGGAAGAAGUUCCAGGAGACGCGUCACCCGGUGUACCGCGGUAUCCGGCGGCGGAACUCUGGCAAGUGGGUGUGCGAGGUGCGUGAGCCCAACAAGAAGUCCAGGAUAUGGCUGGGGACUUUCCCAACCGCGGAGAUGGCAGCGAGGGCCCACGACGUGGCAGCAAUUGCGCUUAGAGGGCGGUUGGCUUGCCUCAAUUUUGCCGACUCAGCUUGGAGGCUUCCGGUUCCAGCGUCAGCUGAACCGAAGGAGAUCCAGAAGGCGGCAGCGGAGGCGGCGGAGGCUUUCCGUCCGGCGGAGUUUGGUGGCACCAAGCCGGAGGAGGCUGCGGAAGUGGAGGAGGAGAGCGUACCUUUCAUGGACGAGGAGGCGGUAUUUGGUUUCCCGGGAUUGUUAACGAACAUGGCGGAGGGGUUGUUGCUGCCUCCACCAUAUUGUGUGGGAGACGAGUAUGGAUGUGAUGACGUGGAAGCUGGCGUAGACGUGUCACUCUGGAGUCACUCGAUUUAG